AUGGAAGGCAUUCAGAGCGACCUGGACGUCAUCCGCGGAGCCCUUGCAAGAUCCCUUUGCCACGCGGCCGCAACAGCGGCAGCUACAGCGUACGAUGGGGAUACGGACAGGCGACGCGGUAGCAGUGCGGAAAGUCCAGGCAAUGGUGGUCAUCCUCCGAGCGGUGCGCUCCAGCCCUCAAUCACGGACGCCGCGGUUGACCACGAUGGGCUGGAGUUAAAGAGACUGCAUGAGCAGUUGGCUCUGUUGUCCUCCUGCGAGGCUGAAAAGGCACGACUCGAGGUGGAGGUGGCGUCCAAGGAGGCGGCGCUGCGGCAAUGUGUUCAGGUGUCCCACACCGUGCUGCAGCGGGAGAAGGAGCAGCAAGAGCAGCUGCAUCGUGCCACGACUGCGCUGCAGGAGAAGCAGGCAGAGCUGACGAUGUGGCGUGAGCGACACCAGCGGCUCCAGCGUGAGGCGGACGUGCUUCGGCAGGAACUGGACGCCUUGGCUGGGCAGUGCGACCGCCUCGAGCUGGCAGUGGGUGAGCUGCGCGAGGCAGUAAAACAGGCGACUGCGGAGAAUGACAGAUUGCGCACGACCCUUCAUGAAACGGAUGCGGAGUGUGAAGUGCUGCGGCGCCGACAAGUGGAACAUGACGCCGUUGUGGAACGCGAGGCCGCACUUCAGGAUGAACUGCAGGCGAUGCAUGCAACAAAUUCUGAGUUCCUUGCGUACUUCACAGCGGCGCGGGCUGAGAUUGAGGCGCGGCAGCAGUACUGGGCCUCUGUGCAGGAGGAACACGCCUCCCUGCAGGAGGCUCUUGCUGCGGCGCAAGCGGCUGUGUGUGUGUGGGAGGCACGCUUUGUGUCGGAGCAGGCGGUUCCACCGCUGUCGUCAGGGGACGUGGCGGUGGGCAAGCAAUUAUUACCCCCAACUACAUUGCCCCACGACGCGAUGAAUGCGACAACCGUCGCCAGCCUUUCUAGAGACGGUAGCAAAGGGGGUUCCUCUGCAGGGGACAAGGGCGAAAGCCACGAGGCCCUUUUAGCUGCUUUGGAGGCGAAAGUUGUCGAUCUUGCGUUGCACCUGCAGCAGCAGCGCGUGGUGGCGCAGGCGGCGGAGGAAAGUUAUGCCACACUUGCGGCCGCUGUGACGCUAGAGAGCCGCGAGUUCCUUGAGAUGCGGCGCUUGCUUGCAGCGCAGAGGCCCGAGUGGACGCGUCUCUCGGACACAAACGAGCACCUGCAGGCCGCUUUGCUGGCACGUGAGAGUCACGUAGAGGCGCUGCAGGAGUUGGUUGUUUCCCUCCUCGACGAACUCACCGAGCAGUCUUUGUACUGCUACGAGCUGGAGACACAGCUGGCUGUAAAGGUCCAUAAGGACGGUGGCGUUUCCUCCACCUCGGGCAGUGGUGGGGUGGGUGUACCGCGUCGCUCAACCGCCCUGUAUUUUAUGCAGCAGCAGCAGCAGCAGCAGCAGCGCUUGAAGGCUUGCGCCAGCAGAAGGCCGAAGUAG